AUGUCAUCAUCGUCAACUUCGACCGAUCAAAAACCGGCUACUGUCACUGCGACGCAGUCUGAAGACGAUUUGUGAGUAUCUUUGUGACGAUCGUCAGCACUUUUAUUGUUCACAUGAUCAUCUGGCACGUGUGCGGACGCUUAGUCGCGUGGCCUAGCGUUUGCCCGAAAAGCUGGGCCAUGAUUUAAAAAAAAAUCGAUUUUUCUGAAAGUGUUGGGCCACUGAACGCCCAAACCCUUUUGAUGCCUCUACUAACCACUGAGAUUUCAAAUAACUUGGUAUAUCUCAGUUGCCGGUAGAGAUAUCAAAAAGUUGUCAACUAUUAAAAUGUGUAAAAUGUCUUUCUAAGCAAUUUAUCUGUUGACAACUUUUCAACAACUCUAUCGCCAACUGAGAUGCGUAGCUUUGAAUGGACAAUGUUUCGGGUGCCGUGGUUGACGCAUUCCCCGUGCAGAAUCCCCGUGUUCUCUCCUAUCUUCUUCUUCUAACCUCAUGAUGAUAUGAUGGUCUGAGGGCCCUCUCUUUCUCUUGUGAAACGUUUUUCUUUGACAAACGAUCUUCUAGUCUAGCAGUUGGUUUAUCAGUGAUUCUCGACCGGAAUGAUAGGCCUAACUAGCCUGACCGAAUCAUUUUUCGCGGUGAUAAAACACGAGCCAACCGAUAUUAUGCACUUUUAUGUGUGUGUGUGUGUCUGAUAAGCGUUUUGCCCGGGUUUUUGUGGGUGUUUUUGGUACACGUACACACGGUAUCACGCCACUUUUUGAACGCGCUAGUUAACGCUGUUAACGCUGCUAGAUUUUGUCUGGAGAAACGAGAAAGUUCAUCGCCGUCUUCACGGAUUCGUUUUUUUUUGUUGGUACGUCUCUAUAUCAUCUCCUCAACAUGCAAUUCUUCUCGAAAGAGUGGGCGGCGCCGCCUCUACGAAAAUGGCCUGAUUGUCGCGGGGUAUCGAGAGAGAGAGCGACGACGACGAAGCGCCGUGUAUCAGUUGAUAUUGUCCGUCUCUAUCGCUUGCCUGCAAAACCAAAACAUUGAGCGAAUAGUUAAUUUGAACAUUUUCAGAAUAGCCAUGGUGAACCAGCGUCGUGCGAACUUUAAAAACUUUUGGGACAAGUAUUCCGACAAGCCCGACACCAACUCGAUGAUGCUGAACCAUUCGGCCGAGGAGCUCGAGGCUUCGGAUCGUGCCGACAUUCUCGCCAGUCUGCCACAGUUGCACAACAAGGAUGUCGUCGAUAUUGGAGCCGGAAUUGGGUGAGUGGGUCAUGAGAAACCAUCGGGGACCACUUCAACGCUUCCUCCUUCUUCCCCAGACGCUUCACGACGGUGCUGGCGGAGACGGCGCGUUGGGUGCUCUCCACCGACUUCAUCGACACGUUCAUCCAGAAGAAUCAGGAGCGCAACGCCCAUCUCGGCAACAUUAACUAUCAGGUCGGCGACGCGGUCGGCCUCAAAAUGGCCUCUUCGAGCGUCGAUUUGGUCUUCACCAACUGGCUGAUGAUGUACUUGUCGGACGAGGAGACUGUCGAGUUCAUCUUCAACAUUAUGCGCUGGCUCCGUCCGCACGGCGUCGUGCACUUGCGCGAGAGUUGCUCGGAGCCGAGCACCGGCCGCAGCAAGUCCAAAUCGAUGCACGACACCGCCAACGCGAACCCGACCCACUACCGCUUCUCGUCGCUUUAUAUCAAUGUGAGUGGAUGCUCUUGGAUUCUCUCAUUAUUCUUCUUCUUCUUUUUUCCAGCUACUGCGCGCGAUCCGCUACCGUGACUCGGACAACAAAUUGUGGCGCUUCAACGUGCAGUGGUCGUGCUCGGUGCCCACCUACAUCAAACGCUCGAACAACUGGCGCCAAGUGCACUGGCUCGCCGAGAAGAUUCCGGCGGAGCAGGGAGCGCACGACACUCGGUUCGAGGACCUCGUCGAGAAGCUGAAAGUGACGUGGCAAAAGGGUCAGGAGUCGUGCGACUCGAAGUUGGACAAGGAGCAGUACGUGUGGAGCGAGAAGGUGUUCGCGCCGGCGCUCGACACCAUCCGCACCACGAUCAACUCGACGUUCCUGCUCUACACGCCGCGCACCGUCUCGCCGUUUUGCCACAUUAACGCGCACGCGCUCGCCGAGGCGUUCAACGCGAACAUCUGGAACACGGAGCUGAUUCCCGAGUACUACCGUACCUCGCUGACCAAAUCGAACACGUUGAAGGAUCAGCGAGUGCGUUUCGGCUGGAACAACACUCUGCUCGACUCGAUCCGCUACUGGCAGCAAAAAGACGCGCUGUUCGACGUGUUCGUCGCCACCGAAUUUCUGAGCACCUCGGACGAUCGCACGAUCCGUCUUCUGCCGAACAUUAUGAAGUGCGGCGCGAAGCUGAUCAGUCUCGAGCCGACCGACCACGUCGACGAGGCGGCCACGAAGGAGAAGCUGAGAAAGUUGGGACUCCGGCUCAACAAGUACACGGACGUGUCGGAGCAGUGCGUCGACGCGCAGGAACAGUACUUCAAGGAUCACGAGCUGUGCGAGGAGAUCGUCGUCCGCUCCAAGUGGGUUCUUCUCGAGAUGUCGCUCUGA